UGUGGAGUCCAUUGGGGAUUACAUGGCCAUCUCCAGGGCAACGGGAACCUUCCCUCCACCUCGUCACGCAAUCAACCGGGGCAUACUGACAGAGGGAAUCAUGGGGGUGGUGGCAGGGGCCCUAGGGACCGGGCACGCUACUACUUCAUACAGUCAAAACGUGGUUGUCAUCAGGCUAACGCAGGUUGCUAGUCGGAGUGUAAUGGUUCUGGCCGGCGUCAUGUGCAUGGUCUUCGGAAUCAUCGGAAAGCUUGGCGCAGUGAUGGCGUCAGUUCCGGAUCCGGUUAUUGGAGGUGUUUCCAUAGUCACUUUUGGCUUGCUGGUAUCCAUAGGGUUGUCAUCGCUACAGACGGUAAACCUGUCAUCCACUCGGAACCUUUCGGUACUUGGUACAUCCCUUUAUGUAGGCUUGGUCACUUCCGAAUGGCUGAAACUCAACAAAGACAGCAUCAAUACAGGUUAUGCCUCCUUAGAUCAGGUACUAAAGCUGAUCCUCGGGACUCAGAUGUUUGUGGCUGGACUUACGUCCAUUAUCUUGGAUAACACUGUUAGAGGAACAAAAGAAGAGAGAGGAAUGGAUGAUAGGUCAUCUGUCAAAACCGAAAGCGGAAGUCAGAUUGACAAACACCAGUCUGUGUAUGAUCUUCCGGGAAUUCCACAAUUACAGAGGAGAAUCCCUCUUCUUCGGCAUAUUCCAUUCUUUCAACCAUACACACCUCACUGAUGUAUGACGAAAAACCUUUUUACAAGUUGA